AUGGUUGAUUCUCUCUAUUUCCCCUGCAUUCCAGGUGAUUCUGAGCCUGUAAAGAUGUUUGAUAGAACAGCUAAUUUGGCUAGCAAUCAGAUUAUUAACUAUCGAUGUGAUCCUACGGAGAAAUGGUUGGUUUUGAUUGGAAUUGCUCCUGGUUCACCUGAGAGACCCCAACUUGUCAAAGGAAAUAUGCAACUAUAUUCUGUGGAUCAGCAACGUAGUCAACCUCUUGAAGCGCAUGCUGCAGCAUUUGCCUCCUUCAAAGUUCCAGGAAACGAUAAGGAUUCUGUUCUCAUUUCUUUUGCUACAAAGACUGUUAAUGCUGGACAGGUUACGUCAAAGCUUCAUGUCAUCGAGCUUGGCGCCCAGCCAGGGAAACCAUCUUUUACAAAGAAGCAGGCAGAUCUUUUCUUUCCUCCAGAUUUUGCUGAUGACUUCCCAGUUUCCAUGCAGAUCUCCCACAAGUAUGGUUUGAUAAAUGUGAUCACCAAGCUAGGACUUCUUUUUGUCUAUGACCUAGAAACAGCUACUGCAGUAUACAGGAAUAGAAUAAGUCCAGAUCCAAUUUUUCUGACUGCUGAAGCUUCAUCUGUUGGAGGUUUCUAUUGCAUCAACAGGCGAGGACAGGUGCUGCUUGCAACUGUAAAUGAAGCAACAAUUGUCCCCUUUGUCAGCGGCCAAUUGAACAAUCUGGAACUUGCUGUAAAUCUUGCAAAAAGGGGAAACCUACCUGGUGCUGAGAAUCUGGUUGUCCAGCGUUUCCAAGAAUUGUUUGCUCAAACCAAGUAUAAGGAAGCUGCUGAGCUAGCAGCAGAAUCCCCGCAGGGGAUUCUCCGCACUCCUGAUACUGUUGCAAAAUUUCAGAGUGUUCCAGUGCAAGCUGGACAAACACCACCUUUGUUGCAGUACUUUGGAACUCUAUUAACCAGAGGGAAGCUCAAUGCAUUUGAGUCCUUGGAAUUGUCACGUCUUGUUGUGAAUCAGAACAAGAAAAACCUUUUGGAGAACUGGUUAGCUGAAGACAAGCUGGAAUGUAGUGAAGAACUUGGAGACCUUGUCAAGACUGUGGAUACCGACCUUGCACUGAAAAUAUAUAUUAAAGCUAGAGCAACUCCAAAAGUUGUUGCUGCUUUUGCAGAGCGAAGGGAGUUUGACAAAAUUUUGAUAUACUCCAAGCAGGUUGGAUAUUCACCAGAUUAUUUGUUCCUUCUGCAAACAAUUCUCAGAUCAGAUGCCCAGGGAGCUCUUAAUUUUGCCUUAAUGAUGUCUCAAAUGGAGGGAGGUUGUCCAGUUGAUUACAACACAAUUACGGAUCUCUUCCUUCAGAGGAACUUGAUUCGUGAAGCAACGGCAUUUUUGUUGGAUGUUCUGAAACCCAAUUUGCCAGAACAUGCUUACCUGCAAACAAAGGUAUUGGAAAUUAACCUUGUUACUUUUCCUAAUGUUGCGGAUGCCAUUUUAGCAAAUGGAAUGUUUAGUCAUUAUGACCGUCCUCGCAUUGCUCAACUUUGUGAAAAAGCUGGUCUUUAUGUGCGGGCUCUGCAGCACUACUCUGAACUGCCAGAUAUUAAACGUGUCAUUGUGAAUACUCAUGCAAUAGAGCCACAGGCUCUUGUAGAGUUCUUUGGUACUCUGUCUCGUGAGUGGGCAUUAGAAUGCAUGAAGGACCUUUUGUUAGUGAAUCUAAGGGGAAACCUCCAGAUAAUUGUGCAGGUUGCCAAAGAGUAUUCUGAGCAGUUGGGGGUUGAUGCAUGUAUUAAACUCUUUGAGCAAUUCAAGUCAUAUGAAGGGUUGUACUUCUUCCUGGGUUCCUCUUUGAGCUCCAGUGAGGAUCCUCAGAUUCACUUUAGGUACAUUGAGGCAGCUGCCAAAACUGGACAAAUCAAGGAGGUUGAGCGUGUGACUAGAGAAUCAAAUUUCUAUGACCCUGAAAAGACGAAAAACUUCUUAAUGGAAGCCAAGCUUCCUGAUGCACGACCACUUAUAAAUGUGUGUGAUCGUUUUGGGUUUGUUCCAGACCUCACCCACUACCUAUAUUCAAACAACAUGCUACGUUAUAUUGAAGGUUAUGUUCAGAAGGUGAACCCAGGAAAUGCUCCUUUAGUUGUUGGGCAGCUGCUGGAUGAUGAAUGUCCAGAGGAUUUUAUUAAAGGCCUGAUUCUCUCUGUCCGUUCCUUGCUUCCAGUUGAACCAUUGGUUGAGGAAUGCGAAAAAAGGAAUCGGCUUCGGUUACUCACUCAGUUUUUGGAACAUCUUGUGAGCGAAGGAAGCCAAGAUGUGCAUGUUCACAAUGCCCUGGGUAAAAUUAUAAUAGAUAGCAAUAAUAAUCCGGAGCACUUCCUCACCACCAAUCCUUAUUAUGAUUCACUUGUUGUGGGCAAAUAUUGUGAGAAGCGCGAUCCCACCCUUGCUGUUGUUGCUUACCGCAGAGGACAGUGUGAUGAAGAACUUGUAAAUGUAACAAAUAAGAAUUCCCUGUUUAAACUUCAGGCCAGGUAUGUAGUUGAAAGGAUGGAUGCCGAUCUGUGGGAGAAAGUUCUCAAUCCUGAGAAUGAAUUUAGAAGACAGCUUAUUGAUCAAGUUGUAUCAACUGCUUUGCCUGAGAGCAAGAGCCCAGAACAAGUUUCUGCAGCUGUUAAAGCUUUCAUGACUGCAGAUCUUCCUCAUGAAUUAAUUGAACUACUUGAAAAGAUUGUGCUCCAGAAUUCAGCAUUUAGUGGAAACUUCAAUCUUCAGAAUUUGCUUAUCUUGACUGCCAUCAAGGCAGAUCCAUCUAGGGUUAUGGAUUAUAUUAAUAGACUAGAUAACUUUGAUGGACCUGCAAUUGGGGAAGUGGCAGUGGAAGCACAACUAUAUGAGGAGGCUUUUGCUAUUUUUAAAAAGUUCAAUUUGAAUGUCCAGGCAGUCAAUGUCUUAUUGGAUAACAUUAGGAGCAUUGAGAGAGCUGUGGAAUUUGCAUUCCGUGUUGAAGAGGAUGCUGUUUGGAGUCAAGUGGCUAAGGCUCAACUCAGGGAGGGAUUAGUGAGUGAUGCAAUUGAGUCAUUUAUUCGUGCGGAUGAUGCCACACAAUUCUUAGAAGUUAUUCGUGCUGCUGAGGAUGCAAGUGUCUACCAUGACUUGGUGAAGUACCUUCUGAUGGUUAGAGAGAAGACAAAGGAACCAAAGGUUGACAGCGAGCUCAUUUAUGCAUAUGCAAAGAUUGAUAGGCUGGGUGAGAUUGAGGAGUUUAUUCUCAUGCCAAAUGUUGCCAAUCUUCCAAAUGUUGGUGAUCGCCUUUAUGAUGAAGCUCUGUAUGAAGCUGCCAAGAUAAUAUUUGCUUUUAUAUCUAACUGGGGCAAGUUGGCCAGCACCUUAGUAAAGCUAGGACAGUUUCAAGGUGCUGUUGAUGCAGCACGGAAAGCAAAUAGCUCAAAGACAUGGAAGGAAGUCUGCUUUGCUUGUGUUGAUGCUGAGGAGUUCCGCUUAGCUCAAAUAUGUGGCCUCAACAUUAUUGUACAGGUGGAUGACUUGGAGGAGGUCAGUGAAUAUUAUCAGAAUAGAGGAUGCUUCAAUGAACUGAUAUCGCUUAUGGAGAGUGGUUUGGGUUUAGAACGUGCUCAUAUGGGAAUCUUUACAGAGUUGGGUGUUCUUUAUGCUAGAUACCGGCAUGAGAAGCUUAUGGAGCACAUCAAAUUAUUCUCAACUCGCCUCAACAUUCCCAAGCUUAUUCGUGCUUGUGAUGAACAACAGCACUGGAAGGAGCUGACAUAUUUGUAUAUUCAAUAUGAUGAAUUUGAUAAUGCUGCCACCACCAUCAUGAAUCAUUCUCCUGAAGCCUGGGACCACAUGCAGUUUAAGGAUGUCAUAGUCAAGGUUGCUAAUGUGGAGCUCUACUACAAAGCUGUGCACUUCUACUUGCAGGAGCAUCCUGACCUGAUGAAUGAUCUUCUCCAUGUGCUUGCACUUCGCGUGGACCAUACACGUGUGGUUGACAUAAUGCGAAAGGCUGGUUACCUGCUUCUUGUGAAGCCAUACAUGGUUGCAGUUCAGAGCAACAAUGUGACUGCUGUGAAUGAAGCUUUGAAUGAGAUCUAUGUUGAGGAGGAAGAUUAUGAAAGAUUGCGAGAAUCUAUUGAUUUGCAUGAUAGCUUCGAUCAGAUUGGACUUGCUCAGAGGAUUGAGAAACACGAGCUUCUAGAAAUGAGGCGUGUUGCUGCCUAUAUCUACAAGAAGGCAGGUAGAUGGAAGCAGUCCAUUGCCUUGUCAAAGAAAGACAAUCAUUACAGAGAUGCGAUGGAGACUGCCUCACAAUCUGGGGACCGUGAACUUGCAGAGGAGUUACUUGUUUACUUCAUUGAACAGGGAAAGAAGGAAUGCUUCGCAUCAUGUCUCUUUGUUUGCUAUGAUUUAAUUCGCCCAGAUGUGGUUCUUGAGCAUGCUUGGAUUAACAAUAUGAUUGACUUUGCCUUCCCAUAUCUGUUGCAGUUUAUCCGUGAGUACACAGGGAAGGUUGAUGAGCUAAUUAAAGACAAACUUGAAGCUCUCAAUGAAGUUAAGGCCAAGGAGAACGAAGAGAAGGACGUAAUCGCACAACAGAAUAUGUAUGCUCAGUUGCUUCCUCUAGCUUUGCCUGCACCACCCAUGCCAGGUAUGGGUGGAGGUUUUGUUCCACCACCUACCAUGGGUGGAAUGGGGAUGCCUCCAAUGCCGCCGUUUGGCAUGCCACCAAUGGGCUCCUACUGA